AUGGGGUUUGUGGCAGAUGUGAGCAGUGCAAAGAUUGUGGGACCGGGACCAAGAACAUCGAUUAUGAGAAAUGCAAAUCCUGGGGCCCAGCCCCCAGAAGACUGUCUGGACACCCGUGUAUGUUUAACAAACCUCAGAUGGAAUCUGGGGGAAGACAAAUCUUGCAGGGCACAUUUUCUUUCAGAUUGUGGAAAACCCAGCAUCGCUGAAGAACCCAUCCAGGCUGAGCAAGGCCACCGAGGCCCAUGUGACCAUUCUCUAAAAUGCUUGAGCUCGAAGAUCUCUGAGAGAAAGCUGCCAGGCUCCUGGCUGCCUGCGGGACGCGGACCUCUGGAGAAGCCAGUUCUGGGGUCACGUGGUGCCGUCAUGCCCCUGUUCAGCCCUCAGAGUAGCCUCCACACAGUGCGCGCUGAGCACAGCCCACUGAAGCCCAGGGUGGUGACGGUGGUGAAGCUGGGGGGGCAGCCCCUCCGCAAGGCCACCCUGCUCCUCAACAGGCGGUCAGUGCAGACUUUCGAGCAGCUCCUAUCGGACAUCUCCGAAGCCUUGGGCUUCCCGCGGUGGAAGAAUGACCGAGUGCGGAAGCUGUUUACCCUCAAGGGCAGGGAGGUCAAGAGUGUGUCUGACUUCUUCCGGGAGGGUGAUGCUUUCAUAGCCAUGGGCAAAGAGCCGCUGACACUGAAGAAUAUCCAGUUGGCUAUGGAGGAGCUGUAUCCUAAGAACCGGGCUCUUGCCCUGGCCCCUCACAGUAGAGCCCCCUCCCCAAGGCUGAGGAGCAGACUUCCCAGCAAGCUUCUGAAAGGAAGUCACCGAUGUGGGGAGGCGGGAGGCUACAGUGAGGUAAUGGGGAGCAAAGCAGUCUCUAGGCAUCAGGGCAAGACUUCCACAGAGCUUUCCCCGGAAGACAAGGCGAGGGCCCAGAAGUGGGUAAGAGGGAAACAGGAGUCAGAACCUGGUGGCCUGCCUCCGCCGAGGGAAGCCGCUCAGGAGGAGACUCAGGCCAGUGGAGAGAAGCACCUGGGGGUGGAGAUUGAGAAGAGCUCCGGGGAGAUCGUCAGGUGUGAGAAGUGUAAGAGAGAGAGGGAGCUGCAGUUGGGCCUGCAGAGGGAGCAGGGCUCCCUGGGAACCAGUGAGCUGGACCUGGGGAGGGGUCAGAAGAGGGAUUCCGAGAAGAUGGUGAGGACCAAGAGCUGCAGGAGGGCGUCUGAGGCAAAAUCUGCAGACGAAGAGGACGGGUGGAAGGGGGACAGCCAUCGGGGCAGCCCCAGGGAUCCCCCUCAGGAACUGAGGAGGCCCAACAGCAACUCAGACAAGAAAGAGAUCAGAGGCUCAGAAGGUCAGGAAAGUCAUCCCCAGGGUUCAGCCAAGGCCCAGAAGGACCUCGUGGAAGGCCCGCCAGCUGCAGAGGAGGGGCCGGCGGACAUGAGGAGAGGCGCCCGGCACCCAUGCAGGAACAAGCAUCCCUCCUGGCUCCUGAGAGAGCAGCAGGCUGAACCCCCUCAGCUCCCCAGAUCCCGAAGGGAGGGGAAGGAAGCGGAGCACGAGAAGAAGCCAGGUGGCUUAGGAGGGCGGAAGGCGCUAGAAAAGGAGUCGAAGACGAAGCUGGAAGAGAAGAGGCCAGAGCGAGGCAGUGGGCGGAAGCUGAGGCCCACGGGCAUCAUCUCCGCGGAUGUGGAGAAGCACUACGACAUAGGUCGGGUCAUUGGGGACGGGAACUUUGCCACCGUGAAGGAAUGCAGGCACCGAGAGACCAAGCAGGCUUACGCCAUGAAAAUUAUUGACAAGUCCCAGCUGAAGGGUAGGGAGGACAUCGUCGACAGCGAGAUUUUAAUUAUCCAGAGUCUCUUUCAUCCCAACAUAGUGAAACUACAUGAGGUCUAUGAGGCGGAGGCAGAGAUCUACCUGAUCAUGGAGUAUGUGCAGGGAGGGGACCUUUUCGAUGCCAUCAUUGAAAACGUGAAAUUUCCAGAGCCUGACGCCGCAGUUAUGAUCACAGACUUGUGUAAGGCCCUCGUCCACAUGCACGACAAGAAGAUCGUCCACCGGGACGUGAAGCCGGAAAACCUCCUGGCAGCUCCACGGGAGAGGCUCUUCUCCUGCAGCGGUUAUUGA